GCAAAUAUGAUAUGUUUCAGUCAUAGUUCUGUAAUCGAAUUAAAGUUUAUUGUGUUCUUUUGGGUAUUUCGAAAAAUUAGUUUCGAAACUAAAGCGACGGCAUGAAGAUCCAUCUCAUAUUUGUUAUAGUCUCCUUGGUAUUGGGAAAAACCAUGGCAGACGAAUGUCUAACCUGCGACUGGAAAAGUAAUAUCCACUGUGGAAAAGUUGCUGAUGGCUCGUGUGUGUUUACUGCUCUGAAUCGAUGCCAAGUUGAAAGAGUUUCAUGCCGACGAGAACAAAAAAAGCUGAAACCAUUCACCGAAAUUGUUAAAGGAAGGUGCCCAAAGGACAAAGAGAAGUGCGCCAAGAUGUAAAAUAAAAUCAUGGUUCAUUUCAUCAUUUAA